AUGCGAUUUCCUUCAAGCUCUUACGGGCAGACAAGCCUCAACGUUCUCUUCGGGAGAGCUGAUGUCUGUGAUGAGGCUUUCCCGGGUGAGGGUGCAAGCACCGAUUUCUGUUCUCCAAGUAAUACGUUGUGCUGUGUGCGAAAAGGUCAACAAUAUCCGGCAUGUGAAAGCGGCAUUGGUAAAGGAUGGUGUUGUACCGGAACCGGCUCGAGCAAUUGCUACGUCGACCAAGCCUCCGCCUGCGACGAACCCAACGCCGUGCCCUGUACCAACCUCAAAAAGGGCGUCUCCAAAGCCUGCUGUCCGCGCCUGACCAGCUGUUCCGACGGCUAUGAAGCCAGCGAGGAAUUCGUCCGGUCUACACUCUCAGAGAGCGGGAAGGUAUCAACAGUAACGCUGAGUCCUUCAUCGUCAUCAUCGAGCACGUCGACGACGAUAUCAUCCUCUAGCAGUCGCGCCGCCGGGACAGUUAGCACGCAGUCGUCGGAAUCAACUCCCCUCCCCGGCAUCCCCGUGCCAUCGAGCACAACACCAGCACAGCAAGGCCCCUCCCCCACUCCAGAAUCAUCGCCAGCAAUCUCCACCGGCGCCAUAGCAGGCAUCUGCGUCUCCGUCACUCUCGCAUGCGCCCUCGUCGCCGUUCUGAUCUGGAUCGUCCUCCGCCUUCGUAGGAAAGCUGCAGCCGAAAAGUCCCCGGCUCCAUCAGAUAGCAACCAAAGUGGAAGCGACCAAGACACACGCAGAGAUGUGGGCAGUCCGCUCGUCGAACUACCGCAUACCCACACCUACUCCGAAGCACCAGGUGAUAGUCGUCCGUAUUCGUACGUUGUUAGGCAGAAUGUGGUCGAGUAUUAUAAGCCAAUGGAGUUAAUGACACAGAGGGUGAUGCCGGUUGAGUUGCAGGGAGAUGCACAGAUGGGGGCGCCAGGGCAAUGGCAGGAGCAGCAGCAGUAUGGACCGCUUGAGAUUAUGGCAAAUCCGAGAGGAUCGGGGGAAAUAAGGACGCCGAGGGCUGAACUGGCGGCUCCGACGCCUAGGGCAGAGUUGGGGACGUCUACAUGA